CAUGGUGUUGAGGGCUUUUAAAUCAGCGAGUAGAGCUUGAAGCCUGGGAUCAGUCCAUGUGGUGGAUGCCAAUAGCAACAAUAUGAGUGGGAUUGGGACCCACAACCACAGUAGUGUGACGGUGAUGGCGUUUGAUAUGAACAGGACCGCGGCUCUCACCACGGUCGACCAGGAUAUGAACGCAGCAGUACAUGGUAGAGUUCAACGUGUUCAACAUCAUCCUAAUGUCUCUAGCCUUGUGUGUUCUCACCAUCACUGGCCUGUUCUGCAGCAUAUCCUGUCACAACCGCAGACGGCUGUCGAAGAGGGCCCAUAUGUAUGAGAGUGCUGUGCUCCGUGACGUACCAGUCAACCCGGUGGACAUCAGAGCUGUCAAGAGAUCCGCCAGUUUCAGAAACCCUCUCUCAUUCUUCAGAAAACAGGAAGCAUCUAAGGACAACUCCAGAAUCUACUACAUCUACAGUAACCCUCUACCCAUAGGGCUGGAGGAAGAGGACAAUAUCCAGAAUAUCACCCCUGGUGGAUCGAAGGAGCAAGAAGAGCUAACCUUUCAGGACUACGCCAAUGAUCCCAAUAGUGGUAUCAUCCUGGACCCGCCCAACUUCUACAUGCAGCUCUAGAGCAAGGUGGCAUGUUCCACUUCA